AAAAUACUCAAGUAAUUUUGAAAAAGGUAAGAAAAGUAAAAGAAGAGUGGAAAAUGGAUUGAGUUCAUCUUUUCUUUUCUUCCCCACACAAACCAUAAUGCCUUAACCAACAAAAGCCAGACCAUUAGACGCACUCCACAAUCAUCAUCUUCAUCAUGACUUCUUCUCUUCUCCUUCUUCAUCUUCUUCAAACCCUUAUAUCCACCAUUGUUAACCCUAAACCCUUUCUCAACUCCACCUCAAUUCAUCAAACAAUCUUUUCACUUUCUUCUUCCUAAAAAAGCCAUGAACAAGAAGAACACUUCUCUUUCUCUUGUUCAUCUCUUUUUCUUUCUUCUUCCUUUCUCUUCCUUAUCUCUCAAGCUUUCACCUCAACUCUCCUCUCUCAUUUCCCUCAAAACAUCACUCUCCGCCUCUCCCUCUGCCUUCCAAGACUGGAAAGUCACUGACCCUCAAACCGGCGCCGCUUGGUGUUCUUGGUCAGGUGUAGUCUGUGACAAUGCAACUUCUCAAGUCAUUUCUCUUGACCUCUCUCAACGUAACCUCACAGGCCAUAUUCCUCAACAGAUUCGUUACUUGUCAUCAAGCUUACUCUACUUAAACCUCAGUAAAAACUCCUUGGAGGGUCCCUUCCCAACUUCUCUCUUUGACCUCACAAAACUCACCACUCUUGACAUCAGCCAUAACUCCUUUGAAUCCACCUUCCCUCCUGGAAUCUCAAAGCUCAAGUUCUUAAGAGUCUUCAACGCCUUCAGCAACAACUUCGAAGGCUUGUUACCAUUGGAAGUGUCUCGUCUACGCUUCUUGGAAGAGCUUAACCUCGGUGGGAGUUACUUCGAAGGAGAGAUACCUUCAGCUUACGGUGCCUUACAGAGAUUGAAGUCUAUCCACUUAGCUGGAAACCUUCUCGGAGGCGCGUUACCUCCGAGAUUAGGACUCUUAUCCAACCUCCAACACAUAGAGAUCGGUUAUAAUCAGUUCACAGGAAACAUACCUUCAGAAUUUUCAUCACUCACCAAUCUCAAGUACCUUGACGUUUCCAACUGCACACUCUCUGGCUCUCUACCUCAAGAACUCGGAAACCUCACAAACCUCGAGACUCUCUUCCUCUUCUUCAACGGCUUCACCGGCGUCAUCCCAGAGAGUUACAGCAAUUUAAAAUCUCUAAAGUCUCUAGAUUUAUCAAGCAACCAACUCUCCGGAACCAUCCCUCCAGGCUUCUCGAAUUUAAAGAACCUCACAUGGUUUAGCCUAAUCAGCAACAAUCUCUUUGGUGAAGUACCCGAAGGACUCGGUGAGCUCCCGGAGCUAACCACAUUAUCUCUCUGGAACAACAACUUCACCGGAGUGUUACCACAGAGGCUCGGAACAAACGGGAAGCUAGAGACGCUAGACGUCUCCAACAACUCAUUCACGGGAACAAUCCCUCACUCUCUAUGCAACGGAAACAAACUAUACAAACUCAUCCUCUUCUCCAACAAACUUCAAGGCCAGUUACCAAAGAGUUUAACAACCUGCACCUCUCUCUGGAGGUUCAGGAGUCAGAACAAUCUCCUAAACGGAACAAUACCGUUGGGAUUCGGCUCUUUACCAAACCUCACGUUUGUCGACUUGAGCAACAAUCUAUUCACCGACAAAAUCCCCGCGGAUUUCGCCGAAGCUCCUGUUCUUCAGUACUUAAACAUAUCCUCCAACUAUUUCAACACGCGCUUACCAGAUAAUAUCUGGAAAGCGCGUAGCUUACAAAUCUUAUCAGCCAGUUUCAGUCACCUCGUCGGCGAAGUACCUAACUACGUUGGUUGCAAGAGCUUCUAUAGGAUCGAACUCCAAGGAAACUCGCUCAACGGGACCAUCCCUUGGGACAUAGGACACUGCGAGAAGCUUCUCUCCUUGAAUCUAAGCCGUAACUACUUAACCGGAAUCAUCCCUUGGGAGAUCUCAACUCUUCCUUCCAUUGCUGACGUGGAUCUCUCUCAUAACCUCUUAACAGGAACCAUCCCCUCAGACUUUGGCACCUCCAAGACCAUAACGACUUUCAACGUUUCUUUUAAUCAGUUAACCGGUCCGGUUCCUUCCGGUUCGUUCACGCAUUUGAAUCCUUCCUUCUUCUCCUCCAACGAAGGACUCUGCGGUGACGUGAUAAGGAAGCCUUGCGGCUCCGAGACGCCGCCGGAGAUUUACGGGAAGAAGAAAACCGCCGGAGCCGUCGUUUGGAUCAUGGCGGCGGCCAUCGGCGUCGCGUUCUUCCUCCUCGUCGCCGCGACUCGCUGCUUCAAGAAAAGCUACGGAAAAAACAGAGUAGACGGUAACGGAGGAGAGACGGGACCGUGGAAGUUAACGGCGUUUCAGAGGCUGAACUUCACGGCGGAAGACGUCGUGGAGUGUCUCUCGAAGACGGACAACAUCCUCGGGAUGGGGUCCACGGGGACGGUCUACAAGGCCGAGAUGCCUAAUGGAGAGACCAUAGCUGUAAAGAAGCUUUGGGGAAAAAACAAAGAAAACGGGAAGAUACGACGUCGUAAGAGCGGCGUCCUCGCGGAGGUUGACGUGUUGGGGCACGUGCGUCACAGGAACAUCGUGAGACUGCUGGGAUGCUGCUCGAACCGUGAAUGUACGAUGCUUUUGUAUGAGUACAUGCCUAAUGGAAGCUUGGAUGAUCUACUCCACGGUGGUGAUAAGACGAUGAACGCCGCCGCGGAGUGGACGGCGUUGUAUCGGAUUGUGAUUGGUGUUGCUCAGGGGAUAUGUUAUCUACAUCAUGAUUGUGAUCCGGUGAUUGUUCACCGUGAUUUGAAGCCGAGUAAUAUAUUACUUGACGGUGAUUUUGAGGCCCGUGUGGCGGACUUUGGUGUUGCGAAGUUGAUUCAGACAGAUGAGUCUAUGUCCGUUGUUGCUGGUUCGUACGGUUAUAUUGCACCAGAGUAUGCAUACACGUUACAAGUGGAUAAAAAGAGUGAUAUCUACAGUUUUGGAGUGAUACUAUUAGAAAUAAUAACCGGGAAAAGAUCGGUCGAACCGGAGUUUGGAGAAGGGAAUAGUAUUGUGGAUUGGGUUAGAUCAAAGGUGAAGACAAAGGAGGAUGUUGAAGAAGUGUUGGACAAGAGCAGGGGUAGGUCUUGUAGUAUUAUCAGGGAAGAGAUGAAGCAGAUGCUGAGGAUUGCGUUGUUGUGUACAAGUCGAAAUCCUACGGAUAGGCCGCCGAUGAGAGAUGUGUUGUUGAUUCUUCAAGAGGCGAAGCCGAAGAGGAAGACGAUGGGAGAUAAUGUGGUUGUUCUUGGUAAUGUUAGUGAUGUUAGUUUGGAAGAUGUUAAAAAGAUUGGUGUGUGAUUGUUGAUAUCUCUUUGUAUUUUGGUGUUUUCAUGUAAUGGUAGAAUUGUUUUUUUGAAGGGUGUUAAGAGUAUAUAUAUAUAUAUAUGAGUGUACCUUUGCUUUUGUGUUUUGUUAUAAGAAUGAUGUUUUGAUUUUUGGUUAGUUUUGAGUAAUAUCAAUCGAUUUGCA